UCUAAAUUGAACGAUUGCAAUUGUCUGCGAACCUAUGUUUCGCCCUCAGAAAUACUAUGUCGAGUCUGAAAAAUUUGUUGAACCCCGAAGAUGACUCUACAACCAUGUAUCACUCAACAACCGGACAACCUAUUUCCACGAGCUCCUCCUCUCCCACCUCGGACGGCAGCGCCAACGCAACAGUAGAAUGUCCUCAAUACGAUCCACCAUACAAAGAACAUGCUCCUCAUCCAAAUUGUCCCGACACUUUAGCCUGUCUUCCAGAUACGGAUGGGCGGCCACAGCAUACUCUUCCAGUAAUCUUGCGAUGUGCAAUCCUUGGCAGUGCACGGAGACGUCUCACUAUUCGCGAGAUAUAUGCUGCAAUGGAGGAAAAAUAUUUGUAUUUCAGGACUGCGGGGCCGACAUGGAAGCAAUCUGUCCGCCAUCACCUGUCUUUGAAUAGAUUAUUUGAAAAACAGCCUCGUCCCGUCACAGACCCUGGCUUUGGUUCUUACUGGACAGUAAAUCUUUCUGCUCCCCCAGGCACCAAGCGACCACGGAAGCGGGGAAGACCUACAAAGGCUGCCGAGGAGCCAUCUAACUCCACUCAGCAGAAGAAACGGGGACGACCUCGAAAAUCCAUUGAUCCGUUAUCUCCCCUGAACUCACUGGCUGUGGGCUCGGGACGUUCGAUCCCGCCGUGCAACAUUUCCGCCGUACGCACCGGGGGAAACGACCAUGAUGGUGGAAAUGGCGAGGACGAUAUGGAUCUAGGUGCAGACGUACAUGAGAUGAGUGAGGAUGAAUACGAGAGUGAGGAAGAUAUGGUUGUUCCCCCUCAUCAGUCACCAUUUGCCGGACUUGGCGCUUUUGGACUAAACGAGGCCCCUUCUCGUUUACUGAGCCCCUCAACAUCCCGUGCACUGAUUACCCAUUCCGAUGAAAAUCUCGUGGACCGAUUGCAGAUCGAAAUGGCGGGAUUGCGGAGGCAGUCUGCGGAUGCGAUAUCUGUUUCGGUAAAGAUAUCAGAUCAGCUAGCGGAAGCUCAGGCUGAGGCAGCUAGAGCGAGGACUGCUCUCAGAACAGUCGAGGCAAUGCUGGAGGAGGAGGUCAUAAAGAGGAGGGAAGCUGAAUCUUUAGCAGACCAGGAAGCUAAGUUGAGGCGAGUAGCAGAGGACACGAUUACACGCAUGCAAAGUCAGUGGCAGGCUGCCCAUCGAGCUACAUAAAGUAUGUUUGUCCCUUCUUUUAUUAAUUUGAUGUAUGAAUGUUGACACGUUCCUCGUACCAGUAGCACAUUUUAGACCGAAGCUAGUAGCGCAACUUGAAACCCAAACGAGUCCUCGUCUGCUAUCCUUCCUGGAGGUUCAUAUCCGACAACUAGUUUUCAGCUACUCACUGGGACUCAUCAAUGGACUCGACAUAUUCUACGAAUCUUCUUUACUUUCUCAAUUCAUUGGUGUACAAGGGUACUCUAGAAUGUCUGAACAUGUAUAUUGCCGCGGCGGAAUGGACGAGUAGUUUUGGAAAAGGAAAUUAGAGGAUACAAAACCAAAUAGACUCGUGAAUUUUGUAUAUGCCCCG